AAACCAAUCUCAAAACACAAAAAAUAUUAUUUUAUUUUGUUUACCUAACUAUAACUAAACACCAUUAGUCCUAAAAUAAAAUAAUAACGAAGUGAAUUAAAUUUUUAUUUAACCACCAUUAUUGUCUGGGUAAAAAUCAUCUUAACAUGAUUGAUGCAAAAUCAAAAAUCGUAUCCUUCUUUAUUUUCAACUCCAAUUUUGGACCAAAAGAAGGGGAGGAACACAAGAAGAUACUGUUCUACCACCCUAAUGAAGUAACCUUAGAUGCUAGAAAAAUACAAGUAGGGCUUUGCGAAGCUGUGAUCAAGUUCAUGUCAACAUUCUCAUCUGAGCCUUGUGAAGCUCUACAGACACAAACAAAGAGAUACAUUUUCUAUCAACCAGAAAAAGAUUAUUGGAUGGUAUUGAUUGUUCAGAUACCAUACACUACCAAAUCUCUGUCUUCUGUGGGAGACACUAAAAAUGAUACAGUGGAGCCCACCGUGAUGUAUGAUGUACUCAUUUCAGCAUACAACAUGUUCAAGCUCUUCUUAGGACAGUUUUCAGACAUUCCCAUAGAAGACUUAUAUGAUAAAUGUGAACAUUUCUUUACACCAUACAUAACUUCAAAGAGUAUCUUACACGAUAUUUCAGACAUAAUAAAAGGGAUCAACUAUCUGCCGCUGGACAAGAAUUCUUUCUUCAAAGUAUUAUGCUUUAUAGACUUAAUUGAGGUCACUUACCCUGACUUCAAAUGUGCCUCAUUUGUCUAUAAUGACCAACUAAUUUGGAAUGGCCUAGCAUCAAAAGACAUGCUAACACUGUACCAGUACCUGGUCCAAACAUUGCUACCGGAACAAGUGGAGAAGGAGAUCCAGGGGGGCGCGGUGGCCGCGGCGCAGAGGCACGGCCGCUUCAUCAGCCCGCCGGAGGGAAUCCGGACCAAGGAAGACCUGCUGAAGCUCAACAAAGUGUACCUGAGGAGAGAGGGGGACAGCGAGACCAAGCAGUAUUACCUGGUCAUCUAUAGGACCUUGAGCGCUACCGUCUGUUUUACUGUUGAUGUGAACACAACCCUAGAGCUGGACUCCUUCCGAGCCCUAGACGCCACCAUCGGGCCGCAGCUGUCCGCCAUCGCGUCCGCCGUCAGCGAGCAGGUGGCGCUGACGGCGCUGCAGAACGCACAGCUCGCGGGGGCUGAGGCCAAGUUCCUCUACUACAACAGGCUCAACCUGGCGUUUAAGACCUCGUCACCAACAAAUAAAUUGAUUCCAUCAACUGCAGUAAAGCCGGAAGUACUGAGUAUUAUCGCUGGCAUUCAUGCAGAUAAGAAAAGUUUGGGCAGUUAUGGAGAAAUAAUAAUCAAGACUCCUGAUGAAUACUGGAUAACUGGGAAAACUUCCAACGAACGAGAGUUUUACGUGAUCAUCCAACAGAAAAGCGCCAACUUAAAAGAAAUUGCAGAUGACGUGAAAAGGAUAUGCGAGGCUCAAAUGAAGGGCAUAUUCUUUUAUCCAACCUAAUAUGUGAUAAGAUUAAAUAUUUUAACUGUUGUUCAUAUUAUUGUUAUUUAUGCAAAUCAUGCAAUCUGUCAUAGAUCUAUUAAAAUAAAAGAUAUAUUUAAAAUUUA